AUGCCAAGAGCAAGAAGCUCCGAAAACACCAAAAGAGUUAAACCCGUUGGCUCUUCCCUCUUGCGAAAAAGUUCAAAAUUAGCUACUCCUUCUCUUACUCUAUUACCAAACUUUGCUCGCCCAUCAUCCAUAUCUUCUUCAAUGUCUUCCUCCUCGGAUGUCUCAUCUGACACCACUUCACAUUCCCUUGAAACUGGGGAAAAGGUCGAGUUUGCUAACAAAACAAUGCGAGCUUAUAUAAUUCUCGCUGAAUCUCGUGGUUGGAAAAAUGCUGAUGGUUCAAUAUUUCCCAUUUCUGUAACGAAUCUUUGCAACUAUAUUUGCACAAAAAAGUCCACUAACAGCUUGAAAAGUAUCAAAUGGUAUCUUACGGGUUUCAAGAAAUAUCACCAAAAUUUGUUUCACAAUAGAGAAUGGGAUGCGGCUUGUAAACAUCCUGACGUGAUAAAUUUACUAAAUGAAUGCAAGACGGAAAGGGAUGCGGUGGAAGAGAGUAACAUGAAAAUCGCCACAAGAAGAUCUCGUGGAAUUCCAUAUAACAAAAAUGCCGUAAGAUUGAAGAAAAUGGUUUGCGAGCAACAAAGUACCAACGAUGCCCGAAAGAAUAUUGGCACAAAUCAUGCGGCUCCGUUUACGGAAUCUGGGUUUCAAUCUACAAGUGAUCCUUUCAAUCGUUGUAGUAUGGAAUCUGGAUUUUCAGUAUUACAGAAUGAGGGAACGAAUGGCUUUCCUUUUGCCUUUAGCCCCUUCAAAUGUAAUGAUUUUAGUGAGAAAUCGACUAAUUUAAUGUUAUCCACCGAAGAAGCGACAUCAAAUAUCAUCGCUUAUCGCCCACCAUGCAUUCAGUUACCAUUCUCCACUACUGUGAUUGACAGAAAUUUAUUGAAUGAUGCCAAGAUCUAUCCAGAGACGUCAAUGGUUGUGAGAAAUGUUGAGGGGAAGGAGGCCUCCGGCGAAGAUGUAACCAUCGAUUCUUUGCCAGAUUCCGAGGACCUGACAGAGUUUUCUGUUGAAAAUGCUAUUCUCAUGAUUAAGAAAUAG